UUGAGCCGGACUCACUGCUUCAGCUGUUCUCCAAAGUUGGACGUGGAUGGAGAGGCGUUGGCGGAGAUGAAGGCCACGCAGAAGUUCAUGAAGGUGUUUGUGACCCGUCGGAUCCCGCAGGACGGGUUGAGGACAUUGACCGAGUCCGGAAUCUGCAACAUUCAGCAGUGGGACUCUGAUGAGCCAGUUCCGAAGGAAGAGCUGCUGAAGGGAGUUGCAGGGGUUCAUGGCCUCUACUGUAUGUUGACGGACAAGAUCGACAGUGAGGUUUUGCAAGCGGCAGGGCCGUGUUUGAAAGUUAUCAGCACGUUAUCCGUUGGAUUUGACCAUCUUUCACUGGGUGAAAUUAAAAACCGGGGAAUCCGUGUGGGCUACACUCCUGAUGUUCUGACUGACUCCACUGCUGAACUCACUGUGGCUUUGCUCCUAGCGACAUCUCGUCGAUUAAUGGAAGCAGCCGAAGAAGUGAAAAACGGAGGCUGGACUACCUGGAAGCCCCUUUGGAUGUGCGGCUAUGGAUUGGCUGGGAGCACCGUGGGAAUUGUGGGCCUGGGAAGAAUAGGCCUUGCAAUUGCGCAGAGACUGAUGCCAUUUGGAGUGAAGAGAUUCCUAUACACUGGACGACAGCCAAGGCCAGAAGCUGCUGCCAAGAUACACGGUGAAUACGUGCCUCUGAAUGAAUUGGCUGAAGAAUCAGACUUCAUUGUUGUAUCGUGUUCCUUCAGUCCUGAAACCAAGGGAAUGUGUAACGAGGACCUGUUUUCCAAAAUGAAGAAGACAGCAAUAUUUAUUAACACAAGCAGGGGAGCAGUGGUAAACCAGGAUGACCUUUACAAAGCUCUGACCACUGGUCAGAUUGCUGCAGCAGGAAUGGACGUCACUGAUCCAGAGCCGUUGCCCACCGACCAUCCUCUAUUGACACUGAAAAACUGUGUUAUACUGCCUCACAUUGGAAGUGCCACUUAUGCAACUAGAAACACCAUGUCUGUACUGACAGCGAACAACCUCCUGGCUGGUCUAAAGGGAGAACCAAUGCCAAGUGAACUCAGACUGUAACUGGAAAGAUUUGUUAAUUUGCACACAGAGAAAAAUGAUUCAGUGAAUCUCAAAGAAUUUAACUGUGUAAAUUUAGUUUGAAAUUACUUGAACAAUUAGAUUAAGUCUUGAAUUUAAAACAUUGAAAACUUGCAGUUGAAUUGCAAUUAUAAGCAAAUAAGAGUGGAAAAGGCAGGCUUUGUUCUUGUUUGAAUCCAGAAAUUGGAUCUAGCUUAUGAUCAAACAAAAUGAACAUGGCAAGGCUGACGUAAUGCAUAUGCCAUUUAGUUCCUUGAUCAUGAUUGAUCUGUGACCCAAUUCCAUAUACUUGCAUUUUCCUUUCUCACAUAAUAACAAGAAUUUAAAUAAUUGACCCAGAAUCAGUUGCUGUUUGUGGAAGGGCCUUCCAAAUUUUUACCAUACUUUGCAUCCUGGAAGCCCAAUUCUAAUAUUGAGACUUGCCUUGCAUGUGACAUAUUGUUAAAAAAAAAUAAAUUACAUUGCUUUUGGCUCCUA